CGGAAAAAAAACAACGAUUUAAAAACACGCAGCUGAUGUUUGUGAAACAUUCUCUGCGUGUAAUUCUUCUCCGGCUCUCUUGCUAGCUCCGGUUAGCAGCAGCUAGCAGCGGUAAGCAGCAGCUAGCUUAGCUGAUCGAUGCCUGAUCAUCACACCGUUAAUCCUGAUUCAACGCUUCCGGUUUAUCAGAAGAAACGUAGGCCUGCGUCAAUUCACGAAUGUCACGCAGUGCCUGUUGUGCGAGCAGGUUGUGUGCGUCCUCGUGAACAAUGGCAACGUUCAGAUGCACGACUCACAUAAUUAUAACAGCAAACCUUGUUUACACUUUUAAUCACACUGUCACAAACUGCUUUACAAGUUCAAAGUGAACAAUUAAAGGCAAAACAAUAAACUAUUUGUGUGUUUAAUUUCCACGUUAAAGAGCAGAAAACAAGUUCAAAUAGAAUAAACAAAACGUGUUAUUAGAGAUGUUAGGAUCAGAUGUGUUUGUGGAGAUCACCAGACGAAGGAAGCCCUGAAGGAAAAAAGUCCCGGUCACCAGAAUGGACGAGACCUGAGCAAGUUCUUCUUGACAGUUUCACGGGGGACGCCAUCAGCCCAUCUUCCCGAGAUUCGCCAGCCUUGUUUGUGUUUUUUUGUCUUGCUUGUGUUGUUUUGUCUUGUUUGUGUUUACCACAAGAAGAGCUGGAAUCAGCAGAAUGACCGGUCACGCUCAUUCCACAGCUGGUUGUAAACCACGGACCUAACGCCUCGAAGAUGGACUUUCUUCUUCCUUGUUACCCUUCCACGUCUUUUGUAAGAUCUGCCUUGAGACUUGUGUAAUUAAAGCUGUGGUUCCACUGCACGGUCAUUCCCCAGGAUCUAGGAACCUGUGAUGAAACGCUGGCUGUGUUCCAAGCUGCCUCCUUCCCGGCUGCGUUGAUCUGCCAAGGCCGAACCGAAUGUUAUGCCAAAUUCUGCUUGUCUGUAGAGGAUAGUCAUAACUGCAGCAGUGACACUGUUUUCUCUCUCUAUCUCUGCUGUGUUUCUUUUGUCCCCUUUUUUUCUGUCUCUCUAGUGACGCCCAAGACAAGUGAGAGAGGGAGCGAAACAAGCACCAGAAUGGACCAGACAAGACUCUCUGGAUGAAGCGUGUGACUGAGCCGAGGCACCGAAUCCAUUCAAUGAACCCUUUGUUUUUUAUUUUUACUUCUUAGCUCUUUGUUUCUAUCGGAGCAUUUAGCUCCUCCUCCUGCUGCCGGCCCUUCAUCGAGACCCCUGGAGGUCUCGCAGGGAGCCGAUGCCUGAUUGAACAGCAGCCUGCAUCCUUACAACUGAAAACACCAUGUCUCAUCCCUGUUAUAACCCCUAUGCCUCUGGUACUCAACGUUCCAACCAGGGGCAACAUAGAGUCUCGAGUGUGCAACCAGAGAGAGACCUCCGAAGGGACAUUCCUGGUUAUGGACCAGGGUCCAGUUUCAAUCCUCCUCCAGCUUCUUCUGCAACUCCUGCCAACCUUGGGGGAAAUAUCCCAUCACUGCUAGAUCUGCCGGUGAGCUACAGAACUGAACAGGGUCGGGCCAGAGGUAACGAGGUUAAAGAGCGGUCAGUGGACUUGAUUGUUAGCAGAGCCAGAGAGGAGGUGAGGUGUCUUGACAGACCUGCCCAGCCCAUUGACCAGAGCACUCGCUUCACCCACACUCAGAGUGAUGAGAUUCUCUCUUCAGGUACGACUUCUUAUCCGAUGUCCUCAACCUCUGCCUCUGUUGGACGCAGACAUGCUGAAGGUGAAAGUGGCAGUAGCUCCUUGGACUGGUUGCCAAAAUACAAAAGGUCAACUGCUGAUGAUUCCACUAAAUCGUAUUCAUUACCUGUUUCAUCUAGCUAUACCAGCAGUGGUGACAUUGGUCGGUUUAAAACAUCCAGUGACAGAGAACGUGAUGGACAUUCCAUUCCAGGGUCAGGUGAUUAUAACUAUCCUGCACCGGACCAACCAGUAGCUCAUGCUGAGACAGGUCCCCACAAGCACACCUCGGAAUCUGCUGCGAACAUUCUUUUGAAUUUUGGUCUUGAAAGGGAGGAUUUGGAAUUUCUCAUCUCUUAUCCUGAGGAGCAGAUCACCCCUGAUAACCUACCAUUCCUUUUGCGUCAAAUCCGCACUCAGAAGGCGAACAGAGCUAUGACUGCGGUAAAGUCAGAACCCUUUCCUCAACCUCAACCCAGCAGAGUUGUGAGUGAAAGGGAAAUGUCGAGUAGUUCUGGAGGAUCACCAGCUGUUCUCCAGCCCAACACAGUGAUUGACUAUGGACAUACUAGCAAAUAUGUUGGAGGGGUGUUGGAUGACAUUGGAAGGACCAGUGGCAGAAGUGCUAACAGUGGUGAGAGUGACAUUAGUUUGUUUUUGAACGAGCAACGAAGCAGCAGCGACAGUCAAGAACAAUUGAAAACAGAAACAGAGAUAAGGAGCAUUCCAAUGUUUCUUACACGCUUCCAGAGUAGCUCUGUUACGACCGACCGCUCUUCGUACACUUCAGCUCUGAGGUCUGUAGCUCCUGAAAGUAGUGAUCCAGUGCAGCAGUGUCAGACCCAACCGGACCAGACUUCCAAACCAAUCUUCCGCUCUUUCUCAAUUCCAAAAAAAGACCCAGACAGAAAAGUCCUAACCUCUGAAGCCUUGAAACUCUUUCCUUUGAAAGCACCAGAGACAAAACCCCAGUUAACGUUGAAAAGCCUACAAUCCUCGAAAGUGUUGGACAAUGUGUAUCCAGGCCGACGUGGUCAGGUGGUCAUUGACAAGGUUUAUACCGGUGCUGCUAAAGAUGAGAGGGCAACUCGAGGACAAGAUUCAAGGUUUUCUGAGCAGAGGAUAAAGCUGCCGGAGGAGACACAGCAAAAGCAGAAGACGUCAAAACAGCAGCCGCAAAUGCAGCAUUUGCAGAAGCAGCAGGAGCAGCUGGUUCAGAUGCAGCAUGUGCAGAAGCAGCAGGAGCAGCUGGAUCAAAUGCAGCAUUUGCAGAAGCAACAGGAGCAGCUGGCUCAGAUGCAGCCAACGCAGAAGCAGCCAGUGCAGAAGCAGCCAGCGCAGAUGCAGCCAGCGCAGACAGAGAAUGCACAAACACAACAGCUGCAGAAACAACCAGAAUCGCAACUUGGGAUGCCGACAGUGUACCCGACUGUGAAACCUUCUUAUUUCCCACCCAUGGUGAAUCCUCCAGCUUCACUUCAGCCAAGCCCAAACACAUGGAGCAGUGUUUCUCCAGGCUAUGUCAAGGUACCAGGUCCACAGAAGCAGCCAACAGAGGCCAUGAUGUAUGACUAUGCAGCAACCACACCAACAGUCUUCCCACACACCUGUUCUCUCUGUUACAAAGAAUGCGUUCAUAUGAAGGAUUGGAUCUCCCACCAGAACAGCCCCCUUCACCUCAACAGCUGCAAAUACCUUCGGACACUAUAUCCGCAGUGGAGUGGUGAGAUCGUACUCCAGCCCAGUGAUGCAGGGAAAGAUGCCACGCCCUCGACUUCGGUUUCUGGGCAGACUUCCCAAAAGCGUGACGAGAAAACCAGUGCAGGAAGCCGCUCACGCUACGCCUAGCCUCCGUAGGCGCCACAGGCCGGAUAGUAGCAGAGAGAAACGCAGCCUAUCACGAUCAUCCCGUGGCUCCAGCUAUGGCCGAUGUGAAGUCUCUGUCCAAACCUUCUGACGUGGAGGCUGUGGUUAAAACUUUAUUCGCUGAGAUAGCCAAGCUGAAGUCCGCGUCAUCCUCCUCGUCAACCACACGAGGAAAGACCUCGAAGUCUGCUCCCUCUGCCGGGAGGAAGAGCUCGACCUCCGCGGCCUCGUCUUCAUCGUCCGCUUCAAAAGACAAGAAGACGACCACGGUGACAACAUCCACCAGAGGCAGCAAGGCUCCCACAAAGACGAGGGAUGAGGACACUAAGCAGAAGACAACUCCUCAGCAAGUCCUCACCAAAGACAAAACAGCUGCUGAAGGGUCGACCAAGGAAACUGGGGCACGAGUCUCGGUGUCAGAAGCAACAAAGGUCUCAACCCAGCAGGCCUCUAAAAAGCCAAGAUCCGAACCAGCUCAUGUCUCAGAAGUAACGGUCAAAGUGGAAUCAGCCUCGUCAUCACAGGAACCCAAAACCCCAGUGGCUGAAACAAAAGGACGCGAUAAAAAGGAUGCAAAAUCUAAACCGAAGCCCAAAGCAAAACGUGUCAGUGCUGAGGCAAGUCAAGCUGCAGGCGAUGGACCGAUGGAGCUCGGGGAGACAGGAGGUGACGUGGCAGAACCCAUGGAAGUAGAAAGUUGUGCUGAGGGCAAAGAUUCAAAUGUGGAAGCUCAUAAAUCCAGUGAGAGUCAACCACCGACCAGUAAAGAUGAGGCGUCAUCACAGGUCCCAGAACCAGAGUCCACAGAACGGUCUGCAAGCCCAACUGAAGAGGGGGAGAAAAAUACAAAAGAUCCUGCAUCUGCGGAGAAGAACCAAAGGGAUCCAACAUCAGCCUCCGUUUCGACUGAGCCAGCAGCUGGAACAGCGAGUGACAAGCCAGCGGCAGCCGGCAGACGGUCUUCAGCUGCAGGAUGCACUCUGACCAUCGGGGAGAUGGUGGAAGAGCACUUUCAUCCGGACAAGAUCAAGUGCCUGUCUAAAGAGUCUGCCAUGUCACAGGAAGAAAGUUCUGAAGGCUGUACGACGCUGCUGAUCUCCAACCUGCCAAAGUUUCACGAGGGCUGCUACACAGAGGACGACGUCGCCGGUGUGUUUGUUCCUUUUGGAUUGACAUCCUGGAGCCAAGAAAUCUACGUUGUUCCUCAGGCGCGCGUGGCCUUUGUCGUGAUGCCGUCAGCGCUUAGUGUACACAGUGUUCUGUCUGCCAGCCCGGAUUCCAUUGCUAUCAAAAAGAAUAGACUGUCGUUGAAUGUGUUGGGACCCAAAGACAAUCAAUCACUCAAGGAUCCGGUAAUUACCAUCACCAUCAUCGGCAUUCUGAUCCCAGUACAAACAUUCAGCUGGAAAUACAGAUGAACUGAUGGGAAUCUGGUGGAGUAAAUCUCCUCUUAUCUCACAAUCCCCCUUUUGUACGUCACAAAGAUGUUAUCUGAGAAACACUGACAGGGAAUCAUUUCAAAUUGUGCACAAAUGGUCAUUUUGACACCUUAACUGAUGUCAAAGGUCACAGGGACCUUAAUGGGAGUCUGAAACUGGACUGGGUGGAGGAGGCACACAAUCAGAGGGCAGGGAUUGAAGUUGACACGAUAGAUGUCCAGUAUAUUAAUUCCUGCUUAAUCUGACAUUUCUUCCAGUUAUGGUUUUAUACAGCCCUGAUG